AGCAACGUGUUCACCAUGUGGAUCGAACUGCAUAUACCCAUUCAGUAUGUGUUGCUCUAAUUGCUGUGUUAGUAGAUCGUCAUCAUGCUGCGGAAUCCGUGGAUAUGAUACAAAGUUUAGUAUGUGUUGCGAUGGUAAAAUAGUAAGCCGUUUUGGAUUGAGCCCAGCUUGCUGUGGAACGAGAGGAUAUGAUACGAAGUUUAGUAUGUGUUGCAAUGGUAAAAUAGUUAGCCGUUCUGGAUUGAGCCCAUCUUGCUGUGGAACGAGAGGAUAUGAUACAAAGUUUAGUAUGUGUUGCGAUGGUAAAAUAGUAAGCCGUUUUGGAUUGAGCCCAGCUUGCUGUGGAACGAGAGGAUAUGAUACGAAGUUUAGUAUGUGUUGCAAUGGUAAAAUAGUAAGCCGUUCUGGAUUGAGCCCAUCAUGCUGCGGAAUCCGUGGAUAUGAUACAAAGUUUAGUAUGUGUUGCGAUGGUAAAAUAGUAAGCCGUUUUGGAUUGAGCCCAGCUUGCUGUGGAACGAGAGGAUAUGAUACGAAGUUUAGUAUGUGUUGCAAUGGUAAAAUAGUUAGCCGUUCUGGAUUGAGCCCAUCUUGCUGUGGAACGAGAGGAUAUGAUACAAAGUUUAGUAUGUGUUGCGAUGGUAAAAUAGUAAGCCGUUUUGGAUUGAGCCCAGCUUGCUGUGGAACGAGAGGAUAUGAUACGAAGUUUAGUAUGUGUUGCAAUGGUAAAAUAGUUAGCCGUUCUGGAUUGAGCCCAUCUUGCUGUGGAACGAGAGGAUAUGAUACAAAGUUUAGUAUGUGUUGCAAUGGUGAAAUAGUAAGUCGUUCUGGAUUGAGCCCAGCUUGCUGUGGAACGAGAGGAUAUGAUACGAAGUUUAGUAUGUGUUGCAAUGGUAAAAUAGUAAGCCGUUCUGGAUUGAGUCCAGCUUGCUGUGGAACGAGAGGAUAUGAUACGAAGUUUAGUAUGUGUUGUGAUGGAGUGAUAAAUAGUAGAUCGGGUCUGUCGCCUGCAUGUUGCUGCACCAAGGCAUAUGAUACCCGUUUCCGAAAAUGCUGCAGUGGAUGCAGAAUUUGUUAAUUUGGCCUGAAUUAUUGAAGCUUUUCAAACACAUAGCAAAUAUAGAUGAAUGAUACACGUGACAUUUAAGUUUACUUUCUUAUUUUCAUUUCUUGGAAGAUAUAUUUUACAUUUCAAUUUUUAUAUAUGAGAGAGGAAUAGAGACCACGUCUCCACUUAGCGUGUGUUCGCGAAUGUAACUUUCGGUUGUCGGCUACUGGAUUAACCUACUUUAUUUAUGCCAAACUCAUUUAAAUAUGAAUGGAAUAGUGGCAGGUACAAUUCAUAUUUAAUGAGUUGGUUAUAAACGUGUAGGUUAAUCCGUCAGCCGACAGCCGGCAGUUGAAUUAACAAAUACAAGGUAAGUUACCUACGGGUAGUCUGUUUGUACUGUACAGAUGAGGAGAAUCUUUGACCUUCCAUCAGUGACUCACACCCUAUUCUCAUUAUUUUCUUUCAGCUAGGGGGCAUAAAUACAAAAAACAAUAAUUGGAGUCCCAUCCUGUUGUUUUAUAUGAACAUUGAAACAGGCUUCUGAUUCGAAAAAUUUGUGUAAAAUGGCGUGGACAUACUAGUAUUCAUGAAGAAAUAUACAAGGCAGGACAUUAGUUAUUAUUUGAUUUUCUGAUUAUUACGCUCAUUUUCGCCCAUUUUCAGGGGAUAGGGCAGUCCUCAGGCUCAACUCCAAUACUCUCCAUAUUUCUGAAGUAUCUGUUUAAUCCUCCAUUUCUUUGAAUUACUCGUUACAUCCUUGAUCGUCCUCAAACUCCUGUUUUAUUCAACGUGACAAUAUCAGUUUUCUUUUCAACGUCUAUAAUGUUUACAUGGAAAGGUGUGGAGCUAACCGUCCAUUGCGUGGCAUG